AUGGAGAUUCUGUCAGUGAUAGCUUCACUCUACGUCCUGCCUCUCUUGUUCCUUGUGUUCCACGUCUGCAAAUCGGCGGUGGAGAAGCGACGGCACCAGACGUGCUACAUGCUGGACUACGAGUGCUACAAGCCGCCGGCCGAGAGGAAACUGGACGCCAUGACGGCCGGUAGGAUCAUGGGGCGAACCAGGAACCUCGGGGUGGAAGAGCUGAGGUUCCUGGUGAAGGCCGCCUCCAGGUCCGGGAUGUCGGAGGAAACGUACGGCCCCAAGAGCGUGAUGGAGGGGAGCGAAGGGCGGCCGUGCCUGGCAAACGCUUACGCCGAGGUGGACGAGAUGGUCUUCUCUACAGUCGACGGGCUGCUCGCCAAGACAGGGAUCCCGCCAUCGGAGAUCGACAUCUUGGUCACCACCAUCUCCUUGCUUUCUCCGGCUCCUUCAUGGACUGCUCGGAUCCUUAACAGGUACAAAAUGAGGGAAGACGUGAAGGUGUACAAUAUCUCGGGGAUGGGCUGUAGUGGGAGCGUUUCAGGAAUCGAUUUGGUCCAACAAUUGAUGAAAUCUAACAGGAACUGCAAUGCCAUAGUCGUGAGCACGGAGGUAAUGGGCCAGAACUGGUACGGCGGUAAGGAUAAGUCAAUGUUGCUUUCCAACAUCCUGUUUCGCGCCGGCGCAUGCUCCAUGCUCUUCACCAACAAACCGACCCUCAGGAACCGAACCAUACUGAAACUCAAGUGCCUGCACCGGACCCACAUAGGCGAGGACGACGAAGCUUAUCGCUGCUGCUUCGAGAAGGAGGACGAGUCUGGUUUCAGAGGGUUUCACUUGUCCAAGAAACUAACCACAUUUGCUGCGGACGCAUUGACCAAGAACCUCACAGUGCUGCUUCCUAAGGUUCUACACACACGAGAGAUGGUCCAUUACGAGUUUGUGUCUAGGUGGAACAGAUUUAGAGGUCUCGUCGGACGGUCAAAAGAAGGAGACUCAAAACUGGAGGUCGUCCGGGUCAAUCUCAAGUCUGGAAUUGAUCACUUUUGUAUUCACCCAGGAGGGAGGGCAGUGAUUGACACGGUAGGCAAGAGAUUGUGGCUCGACAGUUACGACGUGGAGCCAGCAAAAAUGACACUCUUCAGGUUUGGGAACACGUCUUCUGCCGGGCUGUGGUACGUUUUGGCGUAUAUGGAGGCUAAGAAGAGGCUGAAAAAGGGGGAUGUGAUUCUGAUGAUCAGCCUUGGGGCGGGUUUCAAGUGCAAUAACUCGGUCUGGGAGGUAAUGAGAGACUUGGGAAGGCCAAGCGUGUGGGAAGACUGUAUCAAUGACUACCCUCCAACCCACUUGGAAAACACUUUCAUAGAGAAGCUGGGUCACUUGAUUGAUAACUUAGAAUCUUGCGGUUCGUAA